AUGGAUGAUGACUUCGUGAAAGCGGUAAAUAAAUUCAAUGCCAAUUUCGGGAUUCACAAGAAGAGUUCUGCUAGGGAUCUGAGUGAGAAAAAAGAAAAAAAGGAAAAGGUUGAUGAUGAAAAUGCCAAUAAGCUGAAGGAAGACUUGGAGCUACAUUAUAUACACAACUCCAACAACAAAAUAUGCCAAAAGUUUUUGACCCUGCCCUUGAGCGCCAAACCGGACAGGCUGAAUUGCCACUCGGAUAAGGUUAUCCUGCCAGUUUCCAUCUUGAAAACGCUGGAGAAGGGAUUCUACCGAAGCGAAGUGGAGUUCCCAUAUACUUUCAGCCUCAAGAACGUACAAAACAACUACAUCACGCAUGUGUGUGUUCUAGAGUUCAGCUCAAAUGAAGGAAUCAUACACGUAUCAGAAAAUGUAAAAGAAAACUUAGGAAUCAAACAAGACAGCGGAAUCGUCCGAUUAUUAGUAACCUAUGCAAAUAUACCCAAAUGCGAUUUUAUCAAAUUUGAAUCAUUAAAUGAAAAUAUUAGCAACAUAAAAUUUAUGAAAAAUUUACUACAAAAUGAAUUGAACUUGAAUUAUAGUACCUUGACACUAGGGGACUAUAUCCAUAUUAACAACUUAAGCUUCUACAUAACUGAGUUAGAACCAGAUAAUGCCGUGUCCCUAAUAAAUACUGACAUCACCGUCGAUAUAUAUGAAAGGAAGGAUGUGGUAGAGAAGAAACACGAGUCUUCAAAUCGUCUCAGUAACUUUUAUGAACCCAUAAACACGACCGAUGUGACAGUUAACAGCACUAUUGGGAAGGAAAUGAAAAAAUAUAAAUACUUUUUCCAUUACUCUGUUUUGGAUUUGCUCAAGAAGGAUAAGAUUGAAAUGAAGAUUUCUCUCCAUACCAGUGGUUCACAUAACGAUCUGGACAUGUAUGUGUCCUUUCCUCCGCACGAAUCCGUGUCGGAUGUGCUGCACCAUUUGCACUUUGACGAUCUUAGCAAAGACGUCACCAUAAAUAGGGACCUGAUGACCAAGUCGUUGAUGCUGCACUUUACCUGCUUUGCGAGGGAGGGUGCACAUGGCGGCACAGACGGGGAUCUGCCAGGGGCUGCUGCGGAAAGGGUGCCACCAGGGGACAACUCGGAAAAUGUCACUUCAAGUGGGCCCGAAAAAGAAGACUCAAGUGUACGCGAAAACGACGACUCCUCAAGUAGGCUCUCUAAAAAGGUCUCCCCAAGUGCGCCUCAGAACAAGGAUGACCCGUUCAUUGAAUACCUAUACGAUCAAUAUUUCCCCCACCUAAUGUACAUUGCCAUUUCGUGUUCGGCCGAAACGGAGGUUCAGUACACUUUAUCGAUCAAAGUCCGCAAUGAAGGUGAGACGGAGGAGCCAAAAGGGGACGAAACAGAGGGCAUGCGUGACCCCCCCGCUGCCAGCAGAGCGAUGAGGCCAACCGAAAGUUCGAGCAGCGGUCACAAGUUCAUAAAAUGUAACAAUUGCCUAAAAGACAUUUUUGAGAAUAACCUGAGCAUGCAUCAAAUUCACUGCCUAAAAAAUUUUUCCCUAUGUAAUAUAUGCAAAAAGAGUUUCCAAAAAAAGGAUUUUUUCAAUCAUACCCAUUGUGACAUAUGUAAUGAAGGCAUAAGUACAUCCGACAGGAAGAAACAUAACUACACGUGGCACACAAAAAUAAAAUGUGCAUGUGAGAAAUAUUUUUAUAAAAAACAAUUCAUUUUCCAUCAAGCCUUAUUCUGUCCGAAGAAAAUUAUCUUCUGUUCGUACUGUAACGUAUUUACGGCAUCCUCCACAAGUGUGUACAAUGAGGACUGCAUUUUGGAAAAUUUUUUGGACAAAUUUGAUCACCAGGAAAAUUUUACAUCCAAAUCGGUCCGCUAUUACAUGCACUUACUGCAUACGAAUUUUUCCUACUUUGUUAAAUAUAUAAAUCACACGGAGCAUGAAAAAUAUUGCGGGACCAAGUCAGUCAUUUGUAUCUUUUGCAAAACCAACAUGCACAAGAACAGGUACUUGGCUCACCUGAUGUUUUUCCAUGACAAGGAUAAGAAGGAGUCCUUUACGCUUAUCAAUGAAAAUUUAGAAGCUUAG